AUGUGUGUCAAAGAACUUUUCAUUCAACGCUUUGAUCCUCUUACCGUAUCGUACGCAGUGUUACCAGAAGACAUAUGUCAGGACAAUUGGACCUAUUACAAUGGGUAUUGCUAUAGAAAAGUCUUGUCUUGUGACUCGUGGGAAAAUAGUCAGGAGACAUGUGCUUCCCUGGACGCAAAUCUUCCCAGCAUACACAGCCAAGAAGAAAACGUAUUUGUUCAAAGUCUACACGGCAGUACACAAUCGUGGCUGGGUCUGUCUGAUAAUUUCACCGAGGGUUCGUUCGUCUGGAGCGAUGAGACCCCUUUAGACUUCCAUUACUGGGCAGAAGGACAACCAAACAAUUUGCACAACCAAGACUGUGUUCACACUCUUGGUUUCUUUAAUGAGUUUACUUGGAAUGACGUAAAUUGUACAGACUGCCACGGAUUCACUUGUAAGAGAGAUUACAAUGAGUGCCAAUAUUUCGCUGACUCCUGUCCAGCAGGUGCGACUUGCGUGAAUAGCUAUGGUUCCUUCACUUGUUUAUGCCCCACUGGAUAUACCUUCGAAGAGGGAGACUGUCUAG